CCUCAUUAAUGAGUUGCUUCUCAGCCUUCCGUGUUUUAGGUCCUCAGCUUCCCCCUGCACGCCUCUCUGUGCAGUGCUUCGUCUUUUGUUCCAAUGGCGUGUCGUGCGCAUUGGGGCUCUAAGAUUUUACUGUAUCUGGGACUCGCCCUGGCUUUGAGUACGUUUUGCCAAUGUUCCGAACCGACGGGGCGGAGGGCAUCGAUCAGAUCGAGACGCGACGCCACGUUGAGUCAAAGCGGGGACGAAAGUAACGCCGUCUACAGUGGAAGACUCUUGAUCUUUCAACGAGAAGUUGGAGGCCACGCCGGACCCUCGAGUGACAACCUGGAUGUGGAUUCCGAUUACCAAGCAGACAUGGGGUGGGACGUGUCCAUGCAGUCCAGCGGUCCUGCAGGUUUCUUCAGACCAGACCAGAGAAAUGUGAAGCAUCUCCUUCAGAUGGAUCCUAAAGUGGAAUGUACUGCUGACUCCAUGAUGCUUCAGGUCCAAGAUACUCCUUCCAUGCCAGGAUCCUUGAUAUUGGUUGACAGGGGGAGUCUAUCCCCUCUGCCUCUGUCCAUGCUGCCACAAAGCUGUGGUUACACCAUCGGGUCCACACCGAGCGGUACGGUCUUGGUCGCUCCUUACAACGGCUGCUUUGUCACUCUCCAGGAGGAUAGUUAUGUACUGCCAUUACUUUGGUGGGGGCUUCCUGUGAGGAUGACUUGCCCGUCGACGGGACGGUCUUCAAACACACCGAUGGUCACCUGCCAUGCUGAGGGCAUGUUUGUCAAAUUUGAGCAGGUUCCCUAUGCCUCCAACAUUAAAAUAAAGUUGAAUGGCACCUGGGAGGGGUUGAUUACUGCAGCACCCAAAUGUAGGAUCAGUGUAGUUGAACACAAAGGUGUGACCAUCUUUGUCCGCUAUGAUCCCUGUGUGGAGAAGGAGGAUGGACUGUACACAGUUUUAUUGGCGGGACAAGGAGAAACUAAGGUUUCCUGUCCAUCAAUGACCCAAGGUCAAUCUAAACCCGCAAAAAGCCCAACAGAGGCUCCAAAACAACCACAAGCCCCAGGUGAUGAGUUGUAUCCCCCUCACCCAGUCUAUCCUUCACCUUCAAAUCCACGCAAACCUGUGGCAAAUCCCAUGCCUGUUCCCUAUCAGUUUCAACCUCCUAUACCACAGGCUGAAAAUGAACCAGAUACCAAACCCGUGCCUGCCCUACAGUACCCCAAACCACAACAACCUGAAGUUAUUCCAGGACAUAUUCACAAGCCUGCCCAUUUGUACCCCUAUCCACUUUACCCGAUGCCCAGUCCUGAAGCAGACCUUGACACAAACCCCAUGCCUGUUCAACCUGAAGUUCCUCCAGGUCAUGAGAAUCCGCCAUUGUAUCCCUUCCCUAUGCCAUGGCCAGGAAAAACCCCAAAUCAAGUUGCCAAACCAGUUCCUUCUCCACAGCCCCCUAAACCACAGCAACCUGAGGGUUUACCAGGUCAUAUCCAUAAGCAUGUUUAUCCUUACCAAUAUCCACUUUACCCACUAAUUAACCCUAUGGAGGACCCUGACAAAAAACCCAUGCUUGCUCCAUCAAAACGACCUCAAGUUUCUACCGAUCAAGAGAAGCUGCCAUUUUACUCCUUAUUCCCCAUACCUAGCGCUGGGAAAGACCCUGACAAAAAACCCAUUCCUGUUCCAUCAAAACAACCUGAAGUUCCUCCAGGUCCAGAGAAGCCAUUGUACGCCUUCUUCGACAUGCCAUGGCCCGAACAAAAACCUGAGGUACAGCUAGGUCAAGAUGGACAACCAGCCUAUCCCAAUUCAUUUUACCCUGUAACACUUGAGGAUAAACCCGUUGUACCCCUUCUUCUACAGCCACAAAAACCUGGUACUCAGACCAGUCCCUUUCAGCCGCUACCUGAAACUAAUCACGAUCCUAAACGGCAAGACCCUGAAAUUUCACAGGGUGAAGAGCAUAAGCCAGUCCACCCUUAUUCUUUUGACUCGUUAUCAAGGUCUGAACCUAAACCAAUGGACAAGCCUAUGCCAGCUCUACAACAACCUGAGUGUCCUCCAGGUAAUGUGCCUUGCAAGUACCCAUAUUCACCGUAUCCUGUACCUGGCCCUGAACCAUCUAAAAAGCCGAUGCCUGAGCUUCCUCCGUGUAAACAGCAGCAGCCAGCCUAUCCGCACCUCUAUCCAUUCGACCCUGUCACAAACCCUAAAGAACCAGGCAAAAAGCCAUUGCCUAAUCCAUGGCCGUUCCAACCUAAGGUGCCACUGAGUCAUGUGGAGAAGAGAGUCUACCCCUUCUUUACAACAGAGCCUGAAAAUAGACCAGUUACCAAACCUGUACAACAUCCACAGCCUCCCAAACAACCAAAGCCUGAAUUGCCUCCAGAUCAGGACCAGCAGGCUUAUUAUCCAUACAUCUAUCCAGUCUACCCUGUACCUCUUUCUGAAGAGAUUUCCAAAAAUCCAAUACCUUCUCCACAGCAACCUGAACUGCCUCUGGGUCAUGCAAAGAAACCAGUCAACCCCUAUCCUUAUUUUCCAUUUAACUCUGUACCAGUUAUCAAGCCCCCACUUGCUCCACAGGCACCGCAACUGCAGAAGCCUAAGGUUCCUGGGAAAACAAAUCAGGGACAAGUCCACAUGCCCUUUCAAUCUCAAAUACCACAAAUCCCAGAUAGUGAAACAUAUUCUAAUACACAUUUCACUGAGAAGCCUGAAGGAAGUGAAAAACUUUUACCUAUCAAACCUCUACAUAGCCAGAAACCACAAUGGCAUCAUCUACCACCAUAUUCUCCAAACAAGCACUCCCAACAGGUUAAAACCCCUGCACAGUCUGCUGAAGGGGAAGUGGCCCUUCAUGGUUCAACACAUGGCUGUGUUAAGUUUUGCACUACUGGUUAUUCAAAUUGCUGCCCACAGAUUGCUUUUCAUCAACAUCUUUAUCUUACCCCUUCUGAUCCAGAUGGUAAGGUGAUUGGUGGGAUCUCCCAGGGAUCUCCAUAUGUUGCCUCUAUGACGUACGGCCUUGGAGAUGAUAUUAGUUAUACCUGGCCUGCUCAAAAACCCCAUGACUCUGUCCCUCCCUCCAGUCAUUCGUUGACAUACGAAAGUCAACAACACCACUACCAGCUACUAGGUGGCAAUCCGGCAUUAUUGGGAAGUAAUCCCACCAAGGCAGCAGCUCCUGAGAUACCAAUUCCCCCUUUUGUUCCUGACUCCAAUAUGAAUUUUCCCAGUUGGCCUUAUGAGACUGAACAUUCUCCACAAGGCCAAUCAUCACCUCAGGUUGCGCCUCAGUUCGGUUUUCAGAAUCCGUUUCAAAAUGGCGCCAUACAUAAUUCACCCGAUAUAGGUGCUAUGUCUUAUAUUACCAAAUUACUUCAGCAGCACCAACACGCACAUCAAAUGCCAACUCCCACGGACCUGGAAAGACCUUCCCCUUCACAAGCUCAGGGUGAACUUGGUCCUAUGCCUCCCUACGCAAUGCUUAAAGAUGAAGAAGCAGCUGCAAAUACUUCAUCAGUCCGAAACUAUUUCCCGCAUUCGUCACUUCUAAAAAGAAGGGAAUCCUCCAAGCGCGACUCGUAUGAACCGAAAGGAUACAUGCUACUACAACGUGGUCCGCCAGGUAAAACGCCUGGUGCUUCGGAGUCCGAACAGAACAUCCAGACAGUGGCUGUUGACCAAACUGUCCCCGCCCAACGUUUUGCAAGGGAUCCACAACAUCGGAUAUUGCUAGGGAAAGAACUGGCCAAGCCUUCCAACGAUGACUCAAAAUCCAACAAACAUACCAGUCUCCCGUAUGUUCCUGUAAAAGUAUCAAAAGUCAAGAGAUCAGUGGCUGACUGGCUUGGACUGGGCCGUCACAGUGACGGAGGAGCCGAACGGAAUAAGCCAAGAUGACAUGCAUUCAUUGUACAACUAUUUAAUUUGACUGCCAAACUCACCAAAACAUGCUCUGUUGUUGGUUAUUAAAUCAGUAAGUACA